ACCUGGCGGUACCUGUCAAGUGUUUUGUCUAAAAAUUCGUCCAGCAUGGAAUCGAGUUAUAACAAGUCGUAAAUUAGUGCCGGUAUUGUUUAAUGUACAAAAUAAAAUCACCAGCUAACCCGUUUCGUAAUUUGGAAAAUAAUAAAUUCAACAAUGGGCUCGUAUUUAUCACAACCGGUCACCGAGAAAGAGUCCACCGAUGAUUCCAACGGCAAAUUAACUUAUGGGGCAAGUUCCAUGCAAGGCUGGCGUAUCACCCAAGAGGAUGCACAUAACUGUAUCUUGGACUAUGACGAAGACACCUCGUUUUUCGCUGUUUAUGACGGACAUGGGGGCCAAGAAGUGGCCCAGUACUGUUCGGAUAAGCUGCCAGACUUCAUCAAAAACACACCAGAAUACAAAGAGGGAAACAUCGAGGAGGCACUCGUUUCAGGGUUCUUAAGGUUUGACGCGCUGAUCGCCACGCCAGAAGUUGUGGAAGAACUGAAAAAAAUUGCCGAUGAUAGGGACGAUAACGAGAGUGAUGAAGAAGAAAACGUUAAUAAUUUAUAUGAAGAGGCGGCUAUGCCUAUUGAGCAAGUUAUCGAAAAGUAUACCUCAAAUUCAUCUAAUCCUGCAGUGAAAAGUUUAAAAAAGGACAUAAACUCGCCCUUUUUAAAGGCGAAAAAAGACAGUGACCCUACAGUAGGCACCUCGUCGGCGAGCUCCUGCUCGAGCUCCACGAGUCAAAGUGGGGAUGGCGUCAGCAGCUCCAGCGAGGCAGGCCUAAGUGAUAAGACAGAGGAGAAACCAGAAACUAACGGUCCUGGCGAAGUUUCCGACGAUAAACCCAACAGUUCGGACAUUAAAGAUGAAGUUGGGUCCACGAAAGGCGAACUUCCAACGCAAAACGGUGAAAUUGCGCCUUCAGACUCCGAAGCUCAGGCUAAGAGUGACGUCACGAGUUCAUCAACACCUGUUGAAAAUGGCACACCAUCUAAAAAGGGUAAAGGAAAAGCAGUCAUUAAACCAGAACCUGUAAAAACACCAACAAACACAAGACCAAAAAGAACUGCACAACAGUUGUAUAAAAACUGGUUAAAUUCGGGAGAGGAAGAGAGUGACAGUAGUGACGAAGAAGACCAGACGUUCGAGGGUCCCAAUGAGGAGAGUUCAGAAGAGGAUACAGAGGGCGUUAACGUCGCAAUAGACGCAGAAGGGUCCGAAGAAGAGAGUUCCGAAGAAGAGGAAGAAGACGAAGAGGACGACGAGGAGCUUGAUGAAGAUGAAGUAAAAGGAAUAGCCUUUAAAGAAGAACCAGGGUCUGACAGUGGCUGUACGGCAGUUGUGGCUUUGCUAAAAGGCAAUAAACUGUACGUAGCCAACGCUGGGGAUUCCCGAUGUAUAGUUUGUCGAAAUGGAAAAGCAGUAGAGAUGAGUAUAGACCACAAACCGGAAGAUGAGCCAGAAACACAGAGGAUACUCAAAGCUGGCGGCGAAGUAACAUGGGAAGGCCGUGUCAAUGGUGGGCUAAACUUAUCACGGGCCAUCGGCGACCACGCGUAUAAACAAAACAAAGAACUAUCAGAUCGGGAACAAAUGAUCACAGCUUUGCCAGACAUCAAGACCUUGACGAUAGAUCCAAACGAAGACGAGUUUAUGGUUCUUGCGUGCGAUGGAAUCUGGAAUUCCAUGUCAAACGAAGAGGUUGUGGAGUUCGUCAGACCACGUAUACAAGACAGUACAAAGAAAUUAUCCCAAAUUUGCGAAGAGAUGUUGGACCACUGUUUAGCACCGGACACGUUUAUUGACGGUGCCGGAGGUGACAACAUGACCGCUAUUAUCGUAAAUUUCAAAACAAACCUUAAAAGACCAGUUUCGCCUUCCCAGACGGAAGGAAACGAAGCAAAACGAGCAAAGAGUGAAGCCGAAAGUGAAGCGCAAGUUGAUACAACAGUUUAAAUUUCUUUAUACACAUUAGAUUUUUUUAAUAUCUUCUGUUCAAUGAAAGGUGACAAGAUCAUUAUCAGUUUUAUGCUCUAUUGUAUACUUUUUUGUUAUCAAACACCAUGGUGUAGGUGCCUUCUGUUAAAAUGAGCACUGUGGUGGUAAUAUUUCAUAGAUUUGUAUAAUACAGCUGUAUUUUAAUAUUAUGUAACGUUAAUUUUAAUCCCGAGAAGUCAGCAUUUUUUAACUUGUUCUGUCUGGGGAUUUGGCGGUUGUAAGCCUCUGAAUUGUGUAUUCUGUAGUCUAAUUUAUCGGUAAGAUUUUGUGUAUUUAUUUUUCAUUGCGAUUCAGUUCAUCGGACCCAAUAAAACAAUGUUAUUUCAAACGUAAUUAUUUAAUGUAUGUUUUCAUAUCCGCUACGUUGGCUAGUAAAUACCGACUUUAAGCCAAGACAAAUUGAAGAUUUUUAGAAAGACUGAAACAAUUCCAUUUGCAGUUUUUUGUUUUGAUAUUUAUUUUUGUAAAUGGUUUUUAAUGCGGAGGUUUCUCACUUUAGGGACUAUAUUAAAAAGUAAAUAAAAGCUGUAUCAAAUAAACAACACUUUAUUUUUUAUUAGAGUACAUAGUUUAUCAAAGAUCUGUGAGAAACAAUACAACAAAAACUGUUACUCAAUUAGUUUCUUCUUUUGUAAUUUAAUAAAGUACAAUAAAUAACCUA